AAUACCCAUAGAUAUUAAAGAAUUUAUUUUAUCUAUUUCAUCUAUUCUGUAGUAUUACACUCUUCCGUAUCUUGGGUAAACAAAAUAACAUAAUAUGCAAAAUGCAAAUGGAUGUUAAUGCGCAGGUUCGUUUUCAUGUUUUUUUGAGGUACUUCAGUUUUCAAUUCACAGCUAAACAAGAAUCCAAUCAGCUGAUCGAGUGCCAUUUCAAUAAACAAUGCUUAUAUAGACAUAUAGUACCAUUUAUUUUUAUUUUUAUGUCUUGACAGUGAGUAGUGACAUACAUAUUAUUCUGUAACUGUGAUAUUAUAUACAAUAUAGAUAAGACUUAACCUUAGAAUUAAGUUGUUACUCCAUACUCGUCUCGUCCGAGUCGUUCGCUCAUCGUUGAUCUGAAUACUCGAGUAUUUCAAAUCGUGGCUUAUAUCGGUUAUCGUAUUACAGAGUAGCGGCAGAAUCUAUAAUAUAAUAUUAUUGUUUUUAUAGUUGGUUGUUGGUAUUUAUUAUUAUCACUUCAAUAGUUCAGUGGUUCAGUCACGGACCAUCUUAGUCCGUGGGUUCAGUCGAUCUACGAAUGGUAUCAAUGAUGUUGAUGGGAAACAAUCAUCGAAGACGGUGGGAAAAUCUACAAUUACGUCGGUAAAGGAGGCGGUACGACACGAAUACGCGGUAGCCUUGUCGUCGACUAUUACGGUGGAACAACAACGGUCGGACAACCCGGACAAUGGUUUUUGUCGCGUUCCACCAUCGCGUGGGAGAAUACGUAAAAAUUAAAGAGGAUAACGACGACGAUAGUCGACGUCUGUGCAACAAAUUCUUAACGACCGUCGCUUUGAUGUCGCGCACGAUCGGGUGAAUGUUGAAGCGAGUAAAUGUGACCGCAGAUUAAUUCUUAUCAAUAUAUGACCAUGGAAACGCUUACAAGAGAUGUGCCAUCAAGUAUGCAACAUCAUAAUAAUUCAUCUAUUUCAAAUAUGAAACAUAAUUAUGUUCAGUUAUCCAAAACAUGUUUAGAUGAAGAUGCUCAAAUAAAUAAAAAAUUACCAAAAGAGCUUUUAUUACGAAUAUUUUCAUACCUAGAUGUUGUGUCAUUAUGCCGAUGUGCUCAAGUAUCUCGUGCUUGGAACAUAUUAGCAUUAGAUGGAAGCAAUUGGCAAAAAAUUGACUUGUUUGAAUUUCAAACUGAUGUUGAAGGUCCGGUAAUAGAAAAUAUAUCAAGACGAUGUGGUGGUUUUUUGCGGCAAAUUAGUUUGCGUGGAUGUCAAUCAGUUGGAGACGGCUCUCUAAAAACACUUGCUCAGUGUUGUAAUUAUAUUGAAUAUAUAAACCUGAAUGGAUGUAAGAGAAUUACAGAUAGCACUAGUCAGUCCUUAAGUCAAUAUUGUAAGAAACUAUUGUCAUUGGACAUUGGUUCAUGCUCUAUGGUGACUGAUUUGUCUUUAAAAGCGAUUUCUGAUGGUUGCCCUAAUUUGACUAGUGUUAAUAUAUCUUGGUGUGAUGGUAUUACAGAAAAUGGUGUGGAAGCCUUAGCACAUGGUUGUCCAAAAUUGAAAUCAUUUAUAUCCAAAGGCUGUACAAGAAUGACAACACGAGCAAUCAGUUGCUUAGCACAACAUUGUACACAAUUAGAAGUAAUAAAUUUGCAUGGUUGCAAUAACAUUGAAGAUGAAGCUGUGAUAAAGUUAGCCAACAACUGUAGUUCUUUAAAAUAUUUAUGUCUUGCAAACUGUUCUUUAUUAACUGAUAGCUGUCUUGUUUCCCUUGCCGAACAAUGUUAUCAGCUAAAUACCUUAGAAGUAGCUGGUUGUUCGCAGUUUACUGAUAUAGGAUUUUUAGCAUUAUCAAAAACGUGUCAUCUAAUGGAAAAAAUGGAUUUAGAAGAAUGUGUAUUUAUUACAGACUCAACUCUAUUUCAUUUAGCAAUGGGAUGCCCUCGGCUUGAGAAUUUGAGUUUAUCACAUUGUGAACUAAUCACUGAUGAAGGCAUUAGACAUCUGAGUACUUCAACAUGUGCAUCUGAACACUUGGCUGUACUUGAACUGGACAACUGUCCUCUUAUUACUGAUGCAUCUCUAGAACACCUUAUUAAUUGUCACAACUUGCAAAGAAUAAUGUUGUAUGACUGUCAACUUAUUACUAGGAAUGGAAUAAAACGACUUAGGACACACUCGCCUAACAUAAAUGUGCACGCCUACUUUGCACCUGUGACGCCGCCACCAUCAACUGGCAAUAGUCGGCAACAUUAUUGUCGUUGCUGUGCCAUAUUGUGAGCCUGGCUUGAAGGCCGGUCAUGCAUACGUGUGUGUGCUACUUGCCUAAAAUAUUUGGCGAACAUUUUGCA